GUCAAUAAAAGCUACAUUUGGCAAACAAUAUUCUAGAUUUAAUUCUGUUCUUUAUAUAAAGCAUUUGUGUAUCUUUAAAAGUCAAGGAAUCCACAGACAGCUGUUAAUUAAUCAUAGUAGAUUUGUUGUGUGAACAUUGUGACUAUAUGCUGAAAGUCUAAAAAAAAACUUAGUUUAAAUCUUUAAUCUUGUGCCUUAAGAAUUUUUAAUUUGCAGAAAUGUGAUGGCAAAUGACAGAGUAUUGGUUUAUUGUUCUGUAGCAGAUUAUGAGAAAGCCAGACAGAAGGCCAAAAAGGCUGAGACAUUCUCCUGUCUCAGUUCAGAAAAUGACACCAUGCUGGGGAAAUGUAAUCGCAAAAGGAAACCAAACUCACGGCACCCUGAUCAGGGCCACACUUCAUCUGAAGAAGUGAGUAAAAGAAGAAAGGGCUCUGUACCAGUUCCACCAUCCCCGCCAUCACCUCCAUCCCCACCAUCUCCGCUGUCGACACAAAUUUCACCAGCCCCGCCUAUUCCCCCUGCACCACCUGGCCCACCAGCACCAGUUCUCUCAAGAAGGCAGACUAUUACACCAGCAGAAUGCCAAAUUAUUAGUCAACUAGAACACCUGAAAGGGGAGGUUGCUAUUAUUAAGCAAUUGCUUUUAAAAAUGACAAAACAGAGCUCUGUGAAUGCAGACCUGCCAGAGGGUGUCAAUUUGCCUUUGAAAAGUCUUAUAGACCUUCAAAAGCUAGAACUCCAGCUGAAGGAUGAGGCAUGCUACAGUGCAAUUGCAAAGUAUCUGGCAACAGUUGGGGGUACAAGCGUAACCUCCAACACCAGACGUGUUCUGGUCUGCAUGCUGACCAUUCCACUUGCCCAGCAACUGUGCUGGAAGGGCUCUGGCCAGAAGAUGGCCUUUGGACAGAUGUUGGUCUGCAAAGCAGUUAUAGAUGCUGUGACAAAAAGUAGCCAAGCUACUGCAUGUGAGGUGGAAGCCUCUAUAAAAACAUGGCUCCGUAAUGCCAGGGACAGAGAUGGGGGAAGUGGACCCACAACUGGCCCCAAUGGGGGCCCCACCUGGGUCCCGAAGUGUGGGGCCCACACGUGCCCCGCAUUUCACACCGAAGGAACUUUGGUUGCAGAACGACUUGCCCUGGGGGAGACUUCUGAGGUGACACCAGGAAGGUUCCUGCCACCUGUCAUGGCUGACCGCGUUGACAAGUGGCAGCUGCAGCGGCUAAUCAAGCAGCCAUUGGAGUGCCUGUCUCCAACGGGGGAUUUAAAAGCGGCGGCUUGA